UAUCUUCCUCCUGUAGCUGCCCUCAGACUGCACACAGCAUUUGCACAGCCAUAGCAAAGAUACUCACUGAUCAUGCAACCAGUUUUCUACCUGGUCUUUCUGAUUGCUGUGCACAUGUCCGUGCUGGUGGACUGUAAACCCAGGAUUCAGGAACCACAACAGGAGGAACCAUGCAGCUUCAGCACAGGAACCGCUUCCACCGCCAGUUUGUUUCUGAAGCUGAAUGAAAGAAUGACACAAGUCAUUCACAGGGAAUCUCUGGUGAUCUUACCAGUAAGGGCAGAGAGGAGAAACUUUGUGUCAAUAUUUGAUUUGAGGAGAAGACGGUUUGUGUGUAUGGAUUUAAAGGGGGAGCGCCGCACUUCUAGACUAAAACAAAGCGCAGGCUGUCUCUUCAGGCACGUUUGGGUCGAUGUGUCCAAACCCCAUCAUAUGUUUUACUCUACAAAUGGGAAACGGCCGCUCAAACAGGACGGAGGCCAGCAACCCCCCAAACCUCCCUCUGGGCUGCUGGGGAGUUUUCUAACGAGACAGAGAAGGAGUGAGGAGACGAACCCCUCUGAUCCAUUAAAAUCACAGCUGGACCCAACGCCUCCUGCAAAGGAUCAGCAGGACGGAGAUCCCGGGCAGCCUGAACCAGACCAGGCCGGGGCUGUGUCCAAAGAGACCAUUCCUUCCUGUGAUGACCCACUCAAGGUUUUACAUACCAACGGGCCUGUGAGUCCUGUCAAGGCUAGUAUUGCAGAACAAAACUGAAUUUCAUAGUGAAGGACAGAUAUAAGUACAAAAGCUGAGUGGAUAGUUUAAAAGAAGUCUUUUAGUUUA